AUGAGCACACCACGAUCUAAAAAUCAGUUGUCUACUCGACGGACAACCCUACUGGCCUCUCUCACCCGUGCUGGAAACUUUGUCGACAACUUCGAGGAGGAACGGGACGGGCUCGAAGUGCCUCUUCGAUUGGAGGACUUAGACCGUCUGUGGACAUCGUUGGAGGAAGUGCAAACACAACUAGAGGAUCUGGAAACCAGCAAAGAAGACGCUUCCGAAAAGGCAUACGGGGCCUGCAUCUACGCUAGGACCAUCAAUUCUGAAGGCGAUAUUAGAGUGCACCUGUUAGCAGCUAAAUCCCGUGUUGCACCACUCAAAAGAUUGUCUUUACCCCGACUUGAACUCUCCGCAGCACUCAUUGCCUCUCGUUUACACUCCCAGGUUAAACAAGCACUAGAUAUGGGUGACAUAAAAUCCACUUUCUGGUCCGAUUCCACUGUGACACUACAGUGGCUAAAAUCUCCUCCGAGUACUUGGAAGACCUUCGUAGCUAAUCGGGUUUCUGAGAUCCAAACUUCAACUCAUGGAUCAGUUUGGACUCAUGUUCCCGGGAGUCAAAACCCUGCCGAUCUUUUAUCCCGAGGAAUGCAAGUAAAGGACUUUUUAAAAAGCAAUUUGUGGGUACAGGGGCCGAGUUGGUUGUCUGAGGCAAUAGAGAACUGGCCAAAGUCGAAAGCACACAAUAAAGAAGAAACAGAAGAAGAAAGACACUUAGCAGUUGUGUCUUUACAGAUACCGAAAACGCGCCAUAUACCCCAUAUAAGUAUGUACGAUCCGAGACCAGAGCUGGAGGAAACGCCGACGACGCCACACCGCCAGCAGCAGAUCGGAGGAAAAGAUCUGUUGAGCUCUGGCUCUACGUUUGGAUAA